CGGCCGCCGCCGCCAGGACUCCGAAGGAUGGAGGACUCCCGGGAGACGUCGCCGUCCUCCAACAACUCCUCGGAAGAGCUCAGCUCUGCCCUGCAGCUGUCCAAGGGCAUGUCGAUCUUCCUCGACAUACUGAGGAGAGCAGAUAAAAAUGAUGAUGGAAAAUUGUCCUUUGAAGAAUUCAAAGCAUAUUUUGCAGAUGGUGUUCUGAGUGGAGAAGAAUUACAUGAGCUCUUCCAUACCAUUGAUACACAUAAUACCAACAAUCUUGACACAGAAGAACUAUGUGAAUAUUUUUCCCAGCACUUGGGUGAAUAUGAGAAUGUACUAGCAGCACUUGAAGACCUAAAUCUUUCCAUCCUGAAGGCAAUGGGAAAAACAAAAAAAGACUACCAAGAGGCCUCUAAUUUGGAACAAUUUGUAACUCGAUUUUUAUUGAAGGAGACCUUGAAUCAGCUGCAGUCUCUCCAAAAUUCUCUGGAAUGUGCCAUGGAAACUACUGAGGAACAAACCCGUCAAGAAAGGCAAGGGCCGACCAAGCCGGAAGUCCUGUUGAUUCAGUGGCCUGGAAAGCGAUCAAGUCGCCGAGUCCAGAGACACAACAGCUUCUCCCCUAAAAGCCCUCAGUUUAGUGCCUGCGGUCCAGGCUUGUUAGAAGAAGAUAACCAGUGGAUGACCCAGAUCAAUAGACUCCAGAAAUUAAUUGAUCGACUGGAAAAGAAGGAUCUCAAACUUGAACCACGGGAAGAAGAAGUUAUUGAAGGGAAUACUAAAUCUCACAUCAUGCUUGUCCAGCGCCAGAUGUCUGUGAUAGAAGAGGACUUGGAAGAAUUCCAGCUUGCACUGAAACACUAUGUGGAGAGCGCGUCCUCCCAGAGUGGAUGUUUGCGUAUUUCCAUACAGAAGCUUUCCAAUGAAUCUCGGUACAUUAUUUAUGAGUUUUGGGAGAACAGCAGUGUGUGGAAUAGCCACCUUCAGACGAAUUAUAGCAAGACAUUCCAAAGAAGCAACGUGGACUUCUUGGAAACUCCAGAACUCACAUCUACUAUGCUGGUUCCUGCUUCAUGGUGGAUCCUGAACAACUAGAUGUUCCUAGACAUUUUAUGGUUCCAAGUGCAAAACAAGUAUUCUUAUUGAAAAUGUGAAUUAGAAAAUUCUCUGCAGUUACUAAUCUACUCUGUACUUUUGUUUAAUAUAUUUAAGAUGUGCACUCUUCUAAAAUGUCUUCUCUAUCUUUUAUGUGAAGUUUACCUAAAUUUUUGAAGUUCACUAUUCUCAGUCUUUGCUGUUUUGCUACAUUGUAACCUAAACCCUUCAGUGGCAGAAUCUUAAUAUGUGAAAAAAAGUAUACACAUAAAGGAAAAAAAUUGUGAAAAAGAAAUGAUAAAAAAUAAUUGAAGUGGGAACUUUUAGAGUAUCACUUCAUAGGAUAGCUUUUGUAGAUUUGUCAUAAACUAUCAAGGUUAAAUCAGUGUUUUGUCAUUUUUAAGUAACUGAUUUUCUGUGAAGUUUAUUCUUUGGUAGUGCUCACUCCAUUACCAAUUCAUGAUCUUGUAAGUAUUCACUUUACUGAAAAAGCUAAUAUGUGACCCAAAAUGGUGUCCUUACGUGCAGAGAGAGCGAAAGAAGGUGUACAAAGAAAAGGCCACGUGAGGACACAGUAAGAAGGUACCAACAGCAAGCCAGAAGAGGCCUCAGAAGAACUCAGCCUUGCUAGCACCUUGAUCUUGGACUUCCAGGCUCUAGAACUGUGAGAAAAUACCUUUCUAUUGUUUAAGCU